AUGAGCAACCCGGAGGAAUAUACUAUCGGAUGGAUAUCAGCCAUCACCACGGAGUAUGUUGCUGCCCAAGCGCUGCUCGAUGAAAGGCAUGACGCCCCCGCCCAUUUGUCCUCUCGCAACAGAAACGACUACACUCUGGGCAGAAUCGGGAAACACAAUGUGGUCAUUGCCACUUUACCAAUGGGAGAGUACGGCACAAACUCAGCAGCCCUGGUGGCCGAAGAUAUGAUGCAAAGCUUUCCCAACGUCCGUAUUGUCCUGAUGGUCGGCAUCGGAGGCGGAGUUCCAAGCCAGAAACACGAUAUUCGACUCGGAGAUAUUGUGGUCAGCGUCCCCAGCAACGGCAGGGGUGGCGUUGUCCAAUAUGAUUUUGGAAAGACGAUCCAGGACCAAGACUUCAAGCCUACUGGAUUUCUUAAUCAGCCACCUACCGUGCUGCGUACAGCACUUAGUGGACUCAAAGCCUACUACGAGUUCGAGGGGCAUCAGAUUGAUGAAACAAUCAACGCUAUUCUGGAGAGGAAACCCCGUCUGCGGAAGAACUAUCGAGCACCAGAUGCAUCUAGCGAUCGCCUGUACCAAAGCCACGUCGUCCACCCGUCCGAGGAAGACUUAUCCUGCCAGUCAAGCUGCAGCGAUGGCCUCCUAGUAUCUCGGCCCCCACGCACAGAAGAAGACGAUAACCCGGCCAUUCAUUAUGGCCUGAUCGCAUCCGCAAACCAGCUGAUGAAAGACGCGGUCGCUCGUGAUAAGCUCGCUGCGCAGAUGGAUGUUCUCUGCUUCGAGAUGGAAGCGGCUGGUUUGAUGAACAACUUCCCUUGCCUUGUCAUCCGCGGCAUUUGCGACUACUCCGACUCGCAUAAGAACAAAGUCUGGCAGGGCUAUGCGGCAAUGACCGCUGCGGCAUAUGCCAAAGAUCUCUUAAACCGAAUUGUUCCUUGGCAGGUUGAGCAGGAGGCUAAGAUUGUCAACAUUUUCAAGGAAGGGGAUCAUCAUACAAUCAACUUCUCGGGCGAAAAUCGUGGGGUCCAGGUUGGCAUGAACUACGGUGGCGUUAAUUCCCGUUUCGGGGGCUCGGAUUAG